AUGAGAUUCUUCCAUGAAUGGGCGUCUUUUGAGGAAGAUGUUCGUCAAGUGAUGCAAAGGACUGAGCUGAAUGGGCUUGUCCCGUGCACGGACGUCACCGACGACGCCUACGUGGUUGGGAGCGAACUUGGUCUCACCGGCCGGUUCAGCAAGUAUGUCUGCGAUGCCGUCUCCCUAGCAUGCAGGUCUGCCGGGCUCCCUUUGCAAUUCGGCGAUCGCCAAGCCGUGCUUCCUGUGUCCAACGUCAUUCCUGACGUCGUUUGCCUUCACUAUGGUGAGCCUGAGCCACUUCGGAGGACCAUCCUACCCAUCGAGCUGAAAACGUUCUGGACUGCCCGCCUCAAUGCGUACCCGAUCAGCGCUGGCUUUUACAACGUUCCCCAACUGCAAAGAUAUCUAGGCCAGCUCGUUGAGCAAAUGAGAGACAACCAAACCAUCUAUGGUGUGUUGUCUACGUAUGCCCACACCGUUUUUGUCAAGCGGGUCCAGGAUUGCCGGUUCGAGAUGACGAACCCUAUCCGACACACUGCCACACAACCAUCCGUCAGGCAGUGCUUUAUGGCGGUUGUUAUCCUCGCCUCUGAGGCCCCGGUGUACCAGGAGUCCCCCGGAUUUAAUCCAAGAUCGUUACGAACCGACGAGGGCCUCCAAGCGUCGAUCCGCGAGUCCGGCUUGCGAGACUACCUCGCUUCUAACCCUUCCGCCGCGGAUAGUUCAAUUCCUCCCCGGACAUUCCCUGUAACCACGCAGACAAUACUUUUUGGCGGCCACGAGUCCCCCGUUGCGAUAGAGUCUGUCGAGGUCACGAAGUCCAUCCGUGUUGCCACUUGCCAAAGAUAA